GGCGGCGGCGGCGCGGGAUGAACGGGACGGGCCGGGCGUGCGGACGCGACGGGGCAGCGCUGCCGGCCGGGGCUCGGCCUCUGGUCAGCGCCCUCAUGUUCUCGGCCGGGCUCCUGGGCAACCUCCUGGCUCUGGGGCUGCUCCUGCGCGGCCGCCGCGGGCACCGGCAGCGCCCGCCCGCGCUGUUCCACGUCCUGGUGCUGGCGCUGGUGGUCACCGACCUGCUGGGCACCUGCUCCGUCAGCCCCUUGGUGCUCGCCUCCUACCACCGCAACCUCACCCUCACCGCCCUGGCCCGCGGAGGGCACAUCUGCCUUUACUUCGGCUUCGCCAUGAGCUUCUUCGGCCUCGCCACCAUGCUCAUCCUCUUCACCAUGGCGCUGGAGCGCUGCCUGGCCCUGGGGCGCCCGUACUUCUACGAGCGCUUCUUGAGCCCCCGCACGGGGCUGGUGGCCCUGCCGGCCAUCUACACCUUCUCGGCCGCCUUCUGCUCGCUGCCGCUGCUGGGCUUCGGGCGCUACGUGCAGUACUGCCCCGGCACCUGGUGCUUCAUCCAGAUGCACCUGGAUUCCCACCAGAGCGACGCGGAGCUGGCGGGGCUGAACGUCACCUUCUCGCUGCUCUACGCCACGCUGCUCCUCUUCCUCAUCCUCGCCGUGCUGCUCUGCAACCUGAGCGUGAUGGUGAACCUGGCCCGCAUGCACCGGCGCGGGCAGAGGAGCCGCAGGGUGACCACCCUGGAGCAGCCCCGCACGGCCUCCGGCUGCGGCCGCCGCAUCUUCUCCAUGGCCGAGGAGAUCGACCACCUCCUGCUGCUCUCCAUCAUGACCAUCAUCUUCGUCAUCUGCUCCCUGCCCUUCACGAUCCGCGCCUACGUGAACAAGUCGGGCGGGGAAGAGGCCGACCACGAGUGGGACCUGCUCGCCCUGCGCUUCCUGUCCAUCAACUCCAUCGUGGAUCCCUGGGUGUUCGCCAUCCUGCGGCCGCCGGUGCUGCGCCUGAUGCGCUCGGUGCUGUGCUGCCAGCUGAGCCCCGACGGCCGGAGCGCCUCCUCCGCCGUGACAAAGCUGGCGGCACGGCCGGAGCUCUGCGGGCAGUAAAUCCAUCGGUGGUUCCUGGAGAAUCCUGCCUCCUGGCAAAGGGUGUUCUGCCUUAGGGCUCACCCAGAGACGUGUCUGCUGCAGCCUGGGCCAGCUGGGGGUGGCGCAGGUGUCACACCUGGGGAAGCCCCCGUGGCCUCCCACAAGGUGGGAAGGGCUGGUGAACACCCCUGGGUGCUGCUGUCACCCUGUUUCCACCUGGAGAAGGGCUCAGCCCUGCUGGGGAGGUGAAGCUCGGGGGGCUUUGCCAUAACCCCACGGCUGGGGGGUGUUGGGAAGCACAGAUUCCUUCCCAGCAAGGUCUCUGUGGUUUUUUGGGAUGCGGGCAGGGCUACAGCUCCUGGGGAUGGGGCUGGGUGGCUGCAAACAGCAGACUGUGCCCCCAGAUCCGUAAGGAUUGGGAAGGAGAGGAAGGGAGUGGUGUAUCCUCAAAAAUUCCCCCUUUUUGUAGGCUGGUUGCCUAAAGAAAUGCACUUUUUCAGGGCAGGUCUGUGUGCUCGUGUCUGUCCGUCUGUCUGUCCCACACCCCUGAGAUUUUAGGCACCGGUGGGUCCCUGAGGGGCACUAAAAAAGCCAAAUUUUGGAACUUCCCUGGCGCUGUGCUGGAGCAGAGCAGCCUCUCCUCAGCACCCGUUUGGAAAUUCCCUUUGCCCCGUGAUUUUUCCAAGAGCCAGAAAAGGGAUUAAAGAGCCUGACCGGGGAAUGGUCACAGCCAUGAGCUUCACCCACAUCCAGGGUGGUGCUGCUGGUGGGGUCUGGGUUUGUCAUUGGCUGGGAAAAAUAUUUAUUUAAAAUAAAACCCCCCAGGUCAGCAAUCCUGCCCCGUUGGGCAGCAUCCUUCAACACCACUAUUUUGUUUUUUGGGAUUCUUCUUGCUCUUUGGGACUCCAGGAUUGUUCCCACUGGGAUGAGGAGCAUCCAGCUCCACAUCCCAAGGUCACCACUGCCAUUAGGAAUUUUCUUGUGGCUCCCAUUUGAGCAGCAUCCGACACACCCAGUGGCUCUUGUGCAAUUCCCAGUGUGGAGUUUCAUUUGGGAGCUGCAGCUCUGCUCAGGGAGCCCAAAGGUGCUGAGAUUUGGGGCUUUUCCGUGG